AUGCAACAAAGAGGUAAAGCUACCAUUCAGAACACGCUUCCAAUGAAAGACGUGAUGAAAUACAAAUCCUCAGAUUGGUACUUCUCUAGAAUCCAAACAGGAAAAACAGUAAAUAUUGUAUCAGGCAGAAUACCGGUAUACUUAGCUUUUUCUCUUUCUAACACAGCCGGAAUUCGAGAUAUUUCUUUAGAGUUAACAGAUGCAUCAGAUACAAUUAAGGAUGAUUUCGAGAUAAUUGAUACAAAUAUACCAUCGUUAGCUACAGAACCUGACGAAGAAGAAGAAGAAGAAGUAGAUGAUGGAGAUAAUGAUGAAGAUCCAAUACCUUCUUCGUCAAGCGAAUCAUCAUCUGCAACAGAAGAACCAAGUAGCGAAAUAUCGGUUGCGACUCCACAACCAAGAAUGUUCGAUUCGACACCAUUUAUGACUCCAGAUGAAACGUGGGAUGGAGGAUGGAACGACCCACCGAACGUAAUCGUCCGCGGCAAUGACGUUCCAGAAAUACAUGAAACGCAUCCACCGAUUCAGACAAAAUAUAUAAAAACAAAUGUUCCAAAAGUGACAAAAAUAAUUAAUGUUACUGCCGGUACAGGUGUAAUUGUUGUUGUAGUCGUUCUGACAGUCAUAAAUAUUGUGAGGACUUUCCAUAGAAUCAAAUCUCAUAAAGUCUCUGCGGUUGGUUCAAAUUCAGAUUUUUCUGAUAUGGAUCUUGAUGUUUACUCUAGCCCUGAAUAUGUUGUAAGUGAUGAUAACCCAUUUGUACUUAAAUAA